UUGCACGCAUACGAGAUAAAGAAAAUUCAUUAUGCAAGAAGACACUGAAAUGAAGACAAGCUCACUGCUUUGGAAAGAAAAGCAGAAAGAAGAUGAUAAUGGAGAAUGCAGUGGUGACGGAACUUCUUCUGUCACGUUUAUGCUCAUUUUCAGUACAUUCAUCUGUGCUGUUGGUUCUUUUCUUUCUGGAAAUGCUAUGAUUAACUCAAGCAACACAUCCAACAAAUGCUAGUGUUUCAUCAACUCUGGUAGAUGGUGUUCAUAAUCUUUUUAAUUAAUUCUUUUCCAUGCAGAUGGGAUUUUCAUCUCCUGCUGAAUCAGGAAUUUUAGAUGAGUUGGGUCUUUCUUUAACAGAAUAUUCUCUUUUUGGUUCAAUUUCAACUGUUGGGUCAUUACUGGGAGCAGUCUUGUGUGGGAAGAUAACAGACGUUAUUGGCCGGAGGGGUGGACUUUGGGUUUCGGAUGCUUUUUGCAUUGUAGGAUGGCUUGCAAUAGCAUUUUCAAAGGGUGUUUGGUCGCUUGAUGUCGGAAGGCUGUCUGUAGGAAUUGGAACUGGGAUUCUUAGUUAUGUGACACCUACUUACAUUGCAGAAAUUACUCCUCAGAAUCUUAGGGGAGCUUGUGCAGCACUUUCUAUGCUUAUGACAGGUUUUGGCAUAUCUCUUGUAUUUAUCAUUGGUUCCAUCUGCCAUUGGCGAAUCUUGGCUCUAUUAGGUGUCAUUCCAUGUCUACUACAGCUUCUUGGGAUCUUCCUCAUUCCAGAGUCUCCCAGAUGGCUGGCAAAUGCUGGUCAAGAAAAAGAGUUAGAAUUUGCUCUCCAACUCCUAAGGGGAAAGAAUGUUGAUAUCUCUUAUGAAGUUGCUGAAAUCACUGAUUAUAUGCAAAGUCUUCAAUAUCAGAAAGCAGAAGCUGGAAUUAUGGAAUUAUUUCAGAGAAAAUACUCGUAUGCAAUUCUUGUCGGAGUUGGGCUAGUCGCAUUGCAACAAUUUGGAGGGCUAAGUGCCUAUACUUCCUACAUGAGCUUUAUUUUAGAGUCAGCUGGUUUCUCUAGUGCUAUUGGGUCUGCAAUAACAAGUAUCGCUCAGCUAGUGAUGAACAUUUCAAGCAUAUUCUUAAUUGAUAGAUAUGGAAGACGACCACUUUUGCUGGUUUCUUCAAGUGGGAUGUGCUUGGGUUCCCUUACUACAGGAGUGUCCUUCCUAUUAAAGAGCUCUCACAUGGGGAAGGAAACAUCUCCAGUUUUGGCAUUGAUAGGAGUUGUGGUCUGUGUGUCAUCUAUAUCCAUUGGCUUGGGAGGAAUACCAUGGAUCAUAAUUGCAGAGGUAAUUCCUGUCAAUGUAAAGGGUUCAGCUGGAAGUAUACUUAAUUUGCUUAACAGUUCCUCAAAUUGGAUUGUUGUAUACACUUUCAACUUCUUGUUUGUGUGGAGCUCAGCAGGUAAAUGUGUCCCUUUCCCCUUCUGUAUCGACGGAAAUUUUGUAUUACCCCACUUGGGGUUCUUUUGCAGUGCGGCAGCGUCCAGUUUCGUCUUGAUCCGGGAAAAUAUUUUUCAGAAUUUUAUUUUAUUUUUUACCUGAAACUGCAAAAAGCCCCAACCGGCUCUGAUCAGGAUUUGAACAUGAAAUCUCUUAAUCUUAAAGAUACUCAGUACCAGUAAGCUAAAACUCAUUGGUAAAAGUGGGGUAACGCUAGCCAUGUAUAUGCUUGUCUUGUCAAUCUCAAUAUCUCUAGCUUAAACUUUUCAUGGCAUAUCGUUAUUGCAGGAGUAUUUUUCAUAUAUUCAGCCAUUUGUGGUUUGGGUAUUAUAUUUGUUGCAAAGUUAGUUCCAGAGACGAAGGGGCGAAAGCUAGAAGAAAUCCAAGCCUCAAUCAUCAUUGACUAGCAGCAUAGGAGAUUUAGUGCAGUUACUGGUUUUCACAAGUAUGUGGCUAUGCAUGGAAGCUCUACAUGGUCCCUGAAAUCUUGUCUGAUUAUGUUUGUGUUACUCUAAAUUCUACCAAUUUUAGGACAUGUUUGGUAUAAUGAAAUGUUUAUUUACCCUCCUUUUC